UUCAUCUGAGUCUCGGCAGACACUCGUCAGAUAUUUGAUGUGUUUGUUUUGAGCCCAUGAUGACUCUUGCUUAAAAUUUAACUAAAAUUCCUAAUUCUCAUGUUGGGUUGCUGUUUCUACAGGGCUCGCUGCCUACCCCCUGAAAGGUUCAUGACAUCCAGUAAAAGGCUGUUUGAUUCAUAUAGCUGCUCGAGCUUGGACAUACAAGAUGAAGCAAGAUGCCACAAGAAAUGCUGCCUACACAGUGGAUUGUGAAGAUUACAUACACGUGGUAGCAUUCAAUCCCUUUGAGAGCGGGGAGUCAGGAAAUCUAAUUGCUUAUGGUGGCAGCAAUUACGUGGUUAUCGGCAUAUGUACAUUUCAGGAGGAAGAAGCAGACGUUGAAGGAAUUCAGUAUAAAACACUACGAACGUUUCAUCAUGGAGUCCGAGUUGAUGGCAUAGCCUGGAGCCCAGAGACCAAACUUGAUACAUUGCCUCCAGUAAUCAAAUUUUGUACUUCAGCUGCUGAUAUGAAGAUUAGAUUAUUUACUUCUGAUCUUCAAGAUAAAAAUGAAUAUAAGGUUCUGGAGGGCCAUUCGGAUUUCAUUAAUGAUUUGGUAUUCCAUCCGAGAGAAGGCAAUGAAAUCGCAAGUGUAAGCGAUGACCACACCUGCAGGAUUUGGAGCUUGGAAGGAAAGCAAACAGCUCAUUUUCUUCUUCAUUCUCCCGGAAUGAGUGUGUGCUGGCAUCCUGAAGACGCUUUUAAGCUAAUGGUUGCAGAGAAGAAUGGAACAAUUCGGUUUUAUGAUCUGAUGGCGCAACAGGCUAUUUUGUCUCUUCAAUCAGAACAGACGCCGUUAAUGUCAGCAGACUGGUGCUUGAAAAACACCUUCAAAGUCGGUGCUGUUGCAGGAAAUGAUUGGAUAAUUUGGGAUAUCACUCGGUCCAGUUAUCCUCAAGAGACGAGACCUGUUCACAUGGAUCGAGCACACUUAUUUAGGUGGUCUGCAAUUAGUGAGAACUUGUUUGCAACCACUGGUUAUCCUGGCAAAAUGACAAGUCAGUUUCAGAUCCAUCAUUUAGGACACUCUCAGCCCAUCCUCACUGGUUCUGUACCUGUUGGAUCUGGUCUCUCCUGGCAUCGAACACUCCCACUGUGUGCAGUUGGAGGAGACCACAAGCUGUUAUUUUGGGUUACCGAAAUAUAGAAUAAAUUUUCUCUGUAUUUUUGAUCCUACACUUUGUAUUUUUAGUACAUAUUUUGGAGAAUUCCUUAUUUUUAUAUCAAAUAUACUGUAAACUCUAGAAAUAUCUCAGUUGUUGCCUCUGUUAAAUAAAAUGGUGAAGAUUUGAAAAUUA